AUAACCACACAUUAUCAGGGUCCUGUGUUGGGUAAGCUCCAUACAGGGUGCCCGACUAUCAAUGUACAUCAUCACAUUCAGAAAAUGAGCGGCCUGGGCGAACGUGAUCUGUCUGGAAAGAGGACCACUGAGUUAAAAUGGUUCCAGGAUGGGUGCACGCUCUUCUUAGAACCUAUAACAAGUAGAGGACAGGAACAAAUAGGUUUUCUGAGUAGGUUUGAACUUUUCGUUCUGUCCCAAUUUGAUCAGAUAGAAAUGGGGCGGAAUACUGGAUGGCCUCUCAAGUGGGGAGAACUACACGUUUCUGUUCUUAAAAGGGGUCUUGAUACUCCGAACUAUAAGUGUGGCGUACUCGGUUGAAGGUGCUAAAUUUCUAGGCCCCAAGAUCAUGCCUGUUUAUGUUAAAGGUGACAUGAAGGCUAAAGUGAGGCAGUUAGGUAGGGCAUAAGCCUUGCUUUAUUGACCUUGACUGCUUGAACAAUGAAUGAAAAGGCCUUAGUGGCCAUGCUAUGCUCACUGCAGUACCCCCUCUGUUGCUGCCCGACUUGACGAUGUUCCAUGCGUUUGCAGCAGGGUAUCUCUGCCUGAGUGUUAUGUUUCAUUCAUGGGGAGGGAUCGCAUCUGGUUGAUGAAAAAGGUGAUUCCAUCGCCGGAGAGUUAAGGGUAGGAUAGGGCCGAUAGGCUCUGAGGUUGGUUUCUUAGGCUGUGAGGAGAUCCAUGAACUGCUCUGCAGGGUUGUCUCCAAGAUGAGGGAGUGUGCUGCAGGUGACUUGGCAGUUCACAAAGAGAUGCGAAUGCUGAAGAACCCUAGUUUCACAGCUUACUAUGGAAGGCUCUGGCGAGAAAACGGGACUUGUAUGGUCGGUGAGGAAGGAGUUAUCAACCAACACAACUCGACAAUGAAGAAAAGUGAAAAGUAUAUGCUCUCAAGAAUUGGCUGGAUGUGUAUGGCUUGAGUGAUGAAGUGAUGGUUCUGUGGGUACAAUGCAGUCCAGAAGUCUGAGCUUGAUAGAACUAGUGUAUCACAAACUGAGCUUAGAAAGAGGCGCCAAAGGUGUGUAUGUUGAGGUGAGCCGUGAGGCGCAUUGGAAGGAUGUGUGGAAGACCAGGGAAUUGAGGCCCCGAAAAGAUAUUUUCUGGUGCUUUUGAACAAGAGUUAUCUAAGAAUGGAUGGAGGAUAGAGGCAGUUAUGAAUGAUGGAUGGUAAUUUGCCCGUCUCUUUCAUUCAGGAGUAUCGAAUGAAGAAACUUGAUCUAACAAGUGAAGCUGAGGUAGAGAUAACAUGCCAAGGCAAUCGAGUCCUUCCGACAUUACAACUGCAGAAUGUGUUGGAUCUCUGGCUACAAACACCUCCUGCCACAUCGAGAAAGGUUUCAGCUUCUGUGGGCAGCUCGGCUAAGGAAUUUGUAAUGGUUUUCUCCUACUCCAGGAAGCUCCAGACAACCUAAGGAUAGUUUUAUUUUUUGUUUCUUUUCUUUAAUUUCCAACAAUAUCACAUUCAUGUCUUGGUAGGUAUCUUUAUUGCAUUAUUUAGAUAUUGUAAAAAGUUUUAUGGAUUUUCAAUUCCAGUUUAAUAUCUUAUGUAAUAACAACAGUCAUUCAAUUUGCCUUGAAGAUAGAUAGUUGUAGUGUGGUUGGUUUUCUUCAUAGUUUCGAUAUAAACAUUAGGUCGGUUUUUGGUUAUUUGAGUGAUCAAACCGAGUUUUCAGAAAGCUUCAUGUCUAUUUUUAAAUCAAGUUUGUAUAAUUCUAAGAUAGUUUGUAACAACAUAAUUAACCUUAAAAUUGAAAUAGGACUGUCUCUAGCUGACCCA